AUCAAAAGCUCCAGCACCAGCGAAAGGAUUCUCGAGUAGGCAAGAACAAAAUCCAAUUUUUCUGUCGUCAAACGGAUCAAGCUUUUUGUGAGAUUUGGAUCAAUCACAAAAAGCAGGAUUCGCUUUUCGUAUAGAAAUUGGCUUACACAUUAAAUAAUAAAUUAUUUAUUAUUUGUAAUCCUAAUCAAAUCAUGGAAGAGAUGCGACAUGGUCAGCAAAUGGGUAACGUGGUGAUAGGAGUUGCUGGGAGUCCUGUUGGUCCAGAGCAAGAGUUACCAUGCAUGCAUUGAUGUCUGAAGCUCUACCAUUGUACGAAGCAGCAAGACUAGAAAUGAAAUCGUUACCGUCUAAAACACCAGUCUCUGUACUUCAAGAAUUGUUGUCACGACGUGGUACAACUCCAAAAUAUGAACUUGUACAAAUAGAAGGAGCUGUUCAUGAACCGACAUUUCGUUAUCGGGUAACCGUUGCUGAUAUCGUUGAUCCAAUUGUUUCAGCUAUGGGGACCGGUAGGUCCAAAAAAGAUGCUAAGCACGGGGCGGCCAAAGCUGUGCUAGAUAAAUUAAUUGGAGCCAGUUCUGGUGAUUUGGGCGCUGAUACACAAAUCAAUAACAUUAAUGACUUACAAAAUUCUCAACCAGAUUCAGAGGGAAGUUAUGGAGAUGAAAAAGUAAUUAAUAAUCCAAUUGGAUCACUGCAAGAAAUGUGUAUGUCUCGUCACUGGCCACCACCGAAAUAUACAAUGGAAGGCGAAACAGGACUCCCACAUGAACGCCAAUUUACUAUUGUGUGUGCAAUGUUGAAAUAUAGACAAGUUGGACUGGGAAAAAGCAAGAAAUUAGCUAAGCGUCAAGCAGCUCAUAAAAUGUGGCAGGCUUUACGUGACGCCACUGAUGAGGCCAACGCAGGAGGUCUUGAUGAUGAUGAGAUUGUCGAGAGGAAUAUUAACUUGGCUGCUCGCUAUACGACAUUAAAAGAUAGCAAAAUUUCAACACUCACCACUCCUCACAGUCAUAAAGUUUCCCAAUUUCACAAGAACCUCAAGUCUUCCACGGGAGUUAAAUUAUCGGAGUUACAGAAUACAUGUUUAAAUGAUGGAGUAAUUAACUUGGUACAAUUUUUACAAGAAAUAGCAUCGGAACAAUUAUUUGAAGUAACGUAUGUUGAUAUUGAAGAAAAGUCCAUCAGCGGUAAAUGCCAGUGCCUUGUGCAACUAUCAACUUUGCCAGUAGCAGUAUGUUAUGGUAGCGGUAUUACCAGUAAAGAUGCUCAAGCAGCAGCUGCUCAAAAUGCACUUGAGUACCUCAAGAUUAUGACAAAAAAGUGAGCCAGCGUAAUAUAAUUAUAUUUAAUUAACAUGAUCGUUACUUAUUAUUUCCGGUCGUAAGUACGCGAUACUACACUACAUAGCUUUUAAAUUUUAUUGAUAAAACUAAUAAUAAUUAUUUAAAUAGUAAUUACAAUAAUACUUACUAUCAAUAAUCUGAAUAGUAACGAAGUGACAAAAAUAAAAUUUUUUUUUUAUCAUAGAAACUAUAGAUUUAAAUUGAACGUAGGUCGCUCUGUAGUUUAAUGAAAUUCAAACUAAAGAAUUUGAAAAUUUUUCGCGCCUAAAUUAUUUUAAAUUUAAAAAUUAAAUUUUUUAAAUUUAUUCGUUAAUUUACUGCUGCAAUGAAUUUUUUUUAAUACAUGCGGGUAAAUACAACUGUUAUAAUAAAAAACAUAUUUAUUGACUACAGUAUUAAUUUAAAAAAUUAAUUGCAUUGAUUUUAAUUAACGAAUCAAAAAAAAAUUCACGAAGAUGGAAACUAGACUUUAAUUAAUUUAAAAAAAAUCAUGUCUAGUCAUUUAUACUGUGGAACAGUAAAAAUAAAUGAAAAUAUAAAAAAGUCGAUUGAAAAAAUUAUUGGAGAAGAAAAAGAACUGAAAACACGAAUUUAAUUUCGUGGAAAAAUUUGUUCGAUAUUCAGUGUUUAAUUUAAAUUCUGUGCUAAUUUAAUAUUUAAUUAUUAAAUGAUAAUAAUAAGAAUAAUUAUCGUAAUUAAAACAAAUACCUCGCGAUAAAUUAAAAGUAUGUACCGAAUUACUUUUUACUUCUCGACAAAAUAUAUAUUAAUAAAUGAUAAUUAAUAUAAAAUAAAAACGUGAAACAAUUAAAAUUUUGUUAAAAAAAAAAAAAACUUACUGUAAUGUAAAUUUAGUGUUGAAUAAUUAAAAAUUUGUUGUAAUGAAAAUAAAUAAAAAAAGUCGUAACUUACGAUCGGGAAAAAAUAUUAAUUAUUAUUACGCUAACUGAUAAUUAUAAACUAAUGGACACUGAUAUUUUUUUUUCAAUUUUCUGAUCAGAAAAAAAAAUUUCUUGGCUGAAGAAAAAUUUAUUUUAAAUGGAUAAAAAUUUUUUUGCACCAAGAAAUCAUUUUUUUCUAUAUAUAAUAAUAUUUAUAAAUAUCUAAUAAAGUAAAAUAAUAUAAAAU